AUGAAUCGCAAAGAUUGUUCGGGUGUUCGAAGACUUGAAGGCGAAGACUUAGACUAUGGAGACCGUCUUUAUAAACAAAGACUUCAGCAGAAAAUCUGGCUUGAGCAACAAAUGCAAGAAAAAGAAGCCCAGAAGAGGCUUAAGGACGAAGAAGAAAAAAGAUGGGCUGAAUAUACAAGGCAGACAAACACCAUGUGGAAACAAAAUGAAGACGAGUACAGCGAAAGAAACAGAAUUAUGAACGACGCUGUCAGAGAAGCGAACUCGCAGCUGACAAGGGAAAAAAUAGCUAGAGAAGCUCUAGAAAAAGAAGAAGAAAACCGCCAGGCUGAGCAUCAUAUUCAAAAUACGAUUUAUUCGAAUUUCAUGACUGAAGACCCAACAACCACCCAAAGCAUGCUGGCUGCUCAUAGAGUCGUUCCUUAUCAUUAUAAGGGCAUGAAUGAAGACCAGAGGAGACAGAUCCUUGAGGAGCAAAAAAGGCAAGUCGAAGAAAAAGAACAAAGGAAAAAAGAAGAAAAAGAAAAAGAAAGAAGGGAAGCUAGAAUGAGUGAAGCACAGAGGAGAGCACUGAUUUUAUAUGAAAGAGAAAUGAAAGAAAAACAGGAAAGAGUCAAUAAGGAAACAAGUGACUAUUUGAAAACCCAAAUGAUUGAGCAUAAAGUGAAGUACGAUGACCCUUAUAAUGUGAAAGGAGAUGAUUAUCUUAUUCCUUUAUAA